UGUUGGGUUAGGUUUGGUUGGGUUGGGUUGAGUUGGGUUGGGUUCGGUUAGGUUGUUUCGGUUGUGUUCAGUUGUGUUAGGUUAGGUUGGAUUCGGUUCGAUUCGGUUCUUUUGGGUUGGAUUCAGUUUGGUUAAGUUUGGUUGAGUUCGGUUGGGUUCGGUUGGGUUGAGUUCGGUUGGGUUUAGUUGAAUUGGGUUUGGUUCGAUUGGUGGGGUUCGGUCGGGUUGGGUUCGGUGCGGUUCAGUUCGGUUUAGUUGGGUUGGGUUUGGUUCGGGUCGGUUCAGUUGGGUUGAGUUAAUUUGGGUUGAGUUAGGUUGGGUUGGGUUCUGUUAGGUUUGGUUGGGUUGAGUGCAGUUGGAUUGGGUUGGGUUGGGUUCCGUUCGAUUCGGUUUGGUUGUGUUGGGUUCGGUUGGGAUGGUUUGGGUUCGGAUUUGUUUUGUUUGGUUCGGUUCGGUACCUCUUAUUUAAUUUUAUAUCCAACUCAAUCCAACCGAACCCAAGCGAUCCUAAUCCAAACCAACCCAUCCUAAUCGAACCAAACCCAACCUAACUGAAUCCAACCCCACCUAACCAAACCCAACACAACCAAAUUCAGGCCAACCCAACCCAAUCCAACCAAACCUAACCGAAUCGAACUGAACCGAGCCGAACCCAUUCUAACCCAACCCACCUAACCGACUCGAACCCAAACCAACCCAUCUGAACACAACCCAACCUACUCAACUGAACCUAACCCCACUCAACCGAACCCAAUUGAACCUAACCCAAACGAAACCAACUGAACCCUACCCAACUCGACCCAACCAAACCUAACCCAACCGAGUUGAACCGAGUUGAACCGAAUCGAAUCAUCCCAACCCAACCCAGCCCAACUUUACCCAACCGAACCGAACUGAAAUGAACCAAACUCAACCCAACCCAAUCCAAACAAACCCAAUCCAAUCGAACUCAACCCAACCAAACUGAAUCCAACCGAACCAAAGCGAACUUAACCCAACUGAACGAAACUGAAAUUGUUGACAAGUGUGUAGAGAAUGUAAUAGAAAGCAAAGUAAAAUUCAAUAAACAUAUACAACUCUUUCUUCUACCAACAAUGUUGAAAACCUUGGCCAAAUUUGAAAUCGAAGAACAUAAGAAGAAAGAGAGAGGUGAGAAAAAUGUACGUGGAUCACGCCUUCUCGAUUUCUGAUGAGGACCCGAUGAUGAAAACCGCGUUCACGGAAAGCAGCAAGAACAAGCAACCGAUAAAAGAUAUCGCUCUCGCAGUUUCUCUCAUCGGCUUUGGAAUCGUAGGCAUCAUCGUCGGCUCUCUGAUGUCCUACAAUCAGAUCGGCGGUGACGUCGCUCACGGUAUGUUCUUUACGAUAUUGGGAUUAGUUUUGCUCAUUCUGGGUUUCUACUAUACGCGGAUUGCAUAUUACGCUUACAAGGGAUACAAAGCCUUCCCUCUCUCCAAUGUACAUCCUGCAUAGUUAUUUUCUCGACUACUUUAUGUAUAGAUCUUCUUUUCGUCUCUUUGUUUUCUAUUCUUUGGUAAGUGACUGUUAUGAUAGUAUAUUUAUUACUCUUAAGCUUCUUCUUUUUUACUGAACAGCCUUCUGCUUUGAUCUUCUUUCAAAUUUUCCAUUAUACUACUGUGAAUAGUUGAAAAAGGAAAUAAUAUGUAUGAGCUAAAAUUUAUGAACAAAAAUUGUGAUAGAAGUGUUGUUCAAACUCUAAAUUAAAUUUCAAAAUCAUAUUAAAUAAAAAUAUUAUAUAAAUUUCUUUAAAUUAUAAUUUAUUUGAUAUUGGAUAUUAGAGGUUGAUAGAAGAAAUAUUACAUUCCAUAAGAUGAUCAUACAUGCAUAAUGAAUAUCAUCACCAUCACCAUUACCAGAAAGUUGACAGGUGUGCAAAGAGAGGUGAAACUUUAACAGAAGGUAAAGUAGAA